ACAAGUUUGUACAUUUUUAAGGUUCCAAACUCCCGUCAUCAUCACUCAAGGGAUCCUGCGACUAUUCCUGAAACCCGAUGUAAUCAACCAUUGAAAUUGUGGCAAGUAAGCCAUGAACUGUUUGUUGAAAAAAGAAACUUGAUUACAUCAAUCCUUUAAUAGUUUAAUGAUAAACACAUCACAAUAAAUUAAUAGUUAUAGAUCAAUAGCUUCAAAACAGUAUAAUGGCGUUAAAAUGCCUGACAAUAUUGUGCAAAAAUUUCAAAACUUAUACCAGAAUAGACAUUAUAAUUUAUCUCCUUUUGCCAAUGCUUAUGUUACAUUUGGUUUGGAUGCGGUGUAGGCAAAAUGGCGAAAACCCAUCACAUUGUUUCAUACGGAGUGAUGGAAUGCUAGGAAAUAAUGUAAAACUCAACAGCCUAUAUAAUACAAUGGAGAGCGUUGCAGAAAUGAGUCCUGAGAAGGUCCUGUUGUUAUAUUCGAACGAAGACUCAAUAACCGCAUCACUUGCAUCUGCCUUGAAAAAUGCCUUAAAGUUGAGAAACGUUCUUGAGGUCGAGUCUGAAAGCGAUUUGGAAGAGAAGCUAUUUAACGGAAACUAUUUGGGCGGUAUCGGUUGGAAAUCGAAUAAAGAUUACAGAAACGUAACCAUUCGCUUCCCCAGUACUCUUCGAAGUGCACCAAUUGAGGUGUGGGAAACAGAUAAGAUAAAAUCGGAAACAAUUGAGACAACAUCUUAUUAUAAAAACGAGGGAUUCGUACAAAUAAUAUAUGCCAUAACAGCAUUUUUAAACAAUAAAGAUAUAAGUAAAGUUGCCCAGGUGUACAAAGACAGCAAAGUGAGAAUAUUAUCCAGACCAUUCAUUUUUGAUAAAGCAAAUAAAAAGGACUUCUAUGAAAAGCUUCAAGAUCCAAUCAAGGAACUUGGUGAAAAUGUAUUGCCCUUUUACUUGGGUAUCCUCUAUAUUUAUCCUUUCGUUCGGCUGGUAAUGUAUAUGCAAACAGAAAAGACAAAGCAGCUAAAUGAUUUAAUGAAUAUUGCUGGAGCAAAUCGGUUUUUUCACUAUCUAUGCUGGUUUGUUUCUUCUUUAAUUGUAUUAAGUGUCAUUAAUGUUUUAACUGUUUUUGUAUUGAAAGCACCUAUCUGCAACAAUGGAAACAUUUUAAACUGCUCUUCUUUUACAGCCUUAUUGCUAUUUUUUUCAAUUUGGUCAGUAUCGGGCAUUUGUUUUUGCUUUUUACUGAACAGUUUACUUCAAAAAGUCAUAUUAUCAGCAUUUGUAGUGGCUUUCUUUUGCAUUCUUGGUUAUCUCCUGUACAUAUUUUUGAAGCCAACUGUAUUGAUUUUGAGAUAUGUAUUAUACAUCUUAUUUCAAUAUGCCUUCUUAGUUGGUCUUGGCGAAAUUAUUCAUUCCGAAGCUGAGAGCGAUGGAUUGAGAAUGAAUAGCAUUACUCAUACAGGGAAUCUAUUUAAGGCCUCUAAUGAAGGAAAUUUACCCCAUAAUUUUGUGGACAUUCCGAUAAUAAUGUUAAUUGUGGCAGCAGCAUCUUUGAUCCUGUGUCUUUUUAUUGAGUUAUGUUUUCCGGGAAGAUAUGGGGUUUCAAAACUGCGUACCUCACAUUCUAAGAAAGGAUACGACCAUCCUGCUGUGGUGCAAGCCCAUAUGAUUAAUAAAUGGCAAAAAAAUAAAAUGCCUCUGAAAAACUUCACCAUGAACAUGUACGAUGAUCAAAUAACUACUAUACUGGGCCUAUCCGAUUCGGGUAAGUCGGCCGCAGCUAAUUCGAUUUCCGGCAGUAGCCCCGGAAAUUCCGGAUGGGUAAAAGUCGAUGAUUAUGAUAUUAUUAAAAGACAUAGUGCUGCCCGAUCUUCGUUGGGCUUGUCGCCACAGCAUAGACCUCUCUUCGGUUCAUUAACGGUCAAAGAACAUCUCGAUUUCUUUUCAUCUCUGCGGGGUGGUCCGAAACGUGGAGUAUCAAAAAAGCGUUCUACCCAGAAGUAUUUGAAAGCUUUGGACCUCGACAACGUCGCAUCUGUGAAAGCUCGAAACUUAUCUGAUUCCGACAGAAAGAGGCUUUCGGUUGCUUGUGCAUUUUGUGGUGAUCCCCGGAUAAUCAUUUUGGACGAACCGACCGAAGGACUGGAGCCCAGUGAGCGGAGAUUGAUGUGGGACUUCCUGCAGUCGGAGAAACGAUGUCGCACCAUAAUUGUGACCACGUACCAUAUCGAAGAAGCGGAUUUUCUGGCUGAUCGGGUGGCUAUAUUAUGCGAUGGGCAAAUAAUUUUCAAUGGAACUUCUGUUUUUUUGAGAAAUUCUUAUGGUUCUGGUUAUCAAUUGGUUUGCUCCCAGGGACAAAUAAGUGUAGAGCCCAUAAUAACUAAUAUGGUUUUAAAGCAUAUACCAGACACCAGUUCAUCCGGUGACAGGCCCUGUGAGGUAUCCUACAAUAUUCCCCAAACCAGUUGUCGAUCGAUAGUGCCAUUGCUAAGGGAGUUGGAGGGAUCCGAACACAGUUACAAUAUGGAAGCCAUUCAGAUUGGAACCACACCGAUCAUUGAGAAGUUUGUGAACGCCACCACACCGGCUUGCAAUGGAUUUAGUAAGUGCAACCUGAUGAGCAACACAUCCGCGCCCGACGAGUGCCUUCUAAGGGGCUGUCGACUGUGCUGCAAUCAAUGGAAGGCCAUGUGCCUUAAAAAGGUGUACCACACCAAGCACAAUUGCCUUUUUUUCUUUCCACUCCUACUGACGCUGCUGAUGGCCGCUGCAGGAUUACUCACACGAUUCAAAAGCUUACCCGUUCCACUGAAAUACAGAGACGAAAACAGUCGAAAUUUUGUUUCACAAGAACCCUUUCUUUUGGAUUUAAAGUCCUAUGGAUCUAAUUGCAGCUAUGCAUUUGUAACAAAAAAAUCCGAAAAAGAAAGACAUUCCCUAGUAUCGGCACUUCAACAAAAAAGUUCCUGCCAUCUCGAUUAUAUUAGGGAAGAAGAUCUAAAUAAAAAUCGAGAGAGUUAUAAUGAAAAAUAUAUUCUUGCCCUGCAAAUAAAUAAAUGUGAGAUUUUGACUUAUUACAGCACUAAAUGGUUGCAUUCCGAAGCAGUUUGUGCAGCAAUAAUGGGAAAAUUCGCCAAUGCAGAUGUAUUAAAUCGUGCUUGUACUGAUGAAAAAAUUGAAAUACCCAAGAAAAGCAUCGAUUUUUAUAAUCACCCUUAUCGGUCUAUUCAAUAUAAUGUAAAUUCGACUGUUCUGCAAGUGGAAUGUUUUGAAAGUGGUGCUUUUUAUUUGCUGUUCUUAGUUUUGAGUAUUUUUAGUGGAUUCUUUGCUGCUUCUAUUAUAAGAGAACGAGUGAUCGGAUUCAAACUCUUGCAACAAGUGGAGGGCUUAAAUAUGGCCACCUUUUGGCUUUCUCACCUGCUUUGGGACUGGAUGUGGCUAUCCAUUUUAUCAAUAUUGUUACUCAUAAUAAUGUACCUUAUUAUGGACAAGGAAUUCAACGACGAGACGGUGGGCUAUGCCUAUGCACUGAUUUUAUUCAACUUGGCACAGUUACCAUUCUUGUAUCUUUUAAUGCAAUUGUUUAAAAGAAAAAUUUUCGGAUGGAUAAUACCUAUACUUCUUCUGUUUUUGAUGGCUAUACCCUUUGUGCUAGCUGCCCCGGAUGUACCUUUCGGAGUAUUCUAUUUGGUGCCGAUUUAUACUGCAAUCGCUCUGGUCCAUUCAAUUUGCAUUCACAAGUCAUCUUAUGAAGUUUGUAAAGGAAGAAAUGAUAAACGUUAUGGAGGAUGUGAGACCCAUCCACAUACGACCUGCAUCUGGGCUGGUUUACCAUAUAUUGUGAUACUUAUAGUUUUAGCUAUGCUUUAUUUUUUGCUCCUUUUACUCUAUGAGAAGGGAUUGGGAAAAAAUAAGAGACUUAUUUCAGGUCAAAACAGAGGAUCUGAGAGCGGUUGUACUUCAGACAGGAUGACUCGGAAUGAACAGCGUAAUCAUAGUCUAAUUUUGGAUAAAGUAACUAAACGUCAUUCCAGAACUCCCAUACGGGAUAUAUCUGUGAUGCUUAAACCAAUGGAUGUCCUGGGAUUGGUUGGCGAAAGAUCCGGCAAGACGGGCCUGAACAAACUCAUAGUAUCCAAGCAUAAUUUGUCUAUGGGCCGGAUAUUGGUGAAGGGAGUGGAUGUUCACAGCCACAAUAAAAAUAAAUUCAAAGCCUAUAAGUAUUUGGGUUUUUGUCCACAAAGAGAUUAUUUCGAUCCAAAAUUUACGGGUAGAGAAAAUUUAAAAAUAUUUUGUCUGAUUCGAGGCAUAAGGCCAAGAAAAGUCAAGGUUGUAAGCGAAGAACUGGCGGAAAAUCUCAACUUCAAGGAACAUCUAGAUAAGAAAUCAAAAAAGUAUACGAUAAGUGAUAAACGGAAGUUAAGUACUGCAAUUUCGGUAAUUGGAACACCUCCUUUAAUUAUUUUGGAUGAGCCCACGGCUGGUGUCGAAAAAGCCCAUAGAGCUGAUGUUUUGGAUGUUUUAAAACGAGUCAACGAAUUUGGUAGCACUAUACUAUUGUCCUCCAACAAUAUUGAGGACUUUCAGUCUCUGUGCAAUCGAUUGGCUUUGAUAAAACGUGGAAAGAUAGUGCAAUUUGGAAAUGUCGAUAGUUAUAAAAAUAGCCAAAGACGUGGCCUAAUUUUAAUGCUAAAAAUAAGACACCAUGUAACUGGUUACGAAAUAGGACCUGGAAAAUCGUCAAUUGACAAGCAAAAUAUAAUACAGGUUAUUACCCAGUUUUUGGUAAGACAUUUUGGAAAUGUGUAUUUACUUGAGGAAGUCCAAGGAGAUGUGUUGUUUUAUAUUCAGAAUACAUCCGUUCCGCUGGCCAAGGCAUUCAAAUUAAUUGAACAAAAUCGUCAUGACUUAUUUAUUUCCGACUUUUACUUAAAGCAUGAAAAUAUGGAGCUAACGUUUGUGACCCAAAAUUUUAGAAUUCUACGAUAAAACUUUAUGGAAGACUAAAAAAGGCAUGAUGAUACAUACAUAUGUAUUAUGUUAAUCCAACAAACAACUUAAAACAAAGCCGAAUCGUAAUUUA